CAGCUCUCUGUCUGCCGCUGGUCCUGGCUGGAACUCCAAGCUGCCGUGUUGGCAUCAAUCGGUCACGUGGGAUAUUACGAUUUUGCACGUAGAUUUCCCCAAUAGAUCUGAGUUUAGUGUGAAAAUGUGACUAUGUAGUCUUCGAAGCGAGCAUCCAGCGCUCUUGCGCGGAAUUCACUUGUAUUUGGAUGGAGCUUCCUCGGCCUCAGCGUUCUAAAUUUUCCUCCACGCCGAAAUCAGCGACAUAUUCUUGGUUUCGGAGCCGAUUCGAGCCGAAGCGUAUACACAUCUGGGAGACGGUGUCGUCUGCGUGGGACUGGGUGGAUGUCUCCAUGUUCUCACCGCCCAAGGACUCGUGCGGAUCGCACUAUCUCCGCUAGAGCAAGCAUCUCUCUCGUCAAGUGACUUUGAGCUUCGCCCUCAGAAAGCCGAUCAUGAGAGUCAAAUAUAAAGUGACGGCACGAUCCCCGACCUCUCGCCCGAGUCCCCUGGGAUGCAUACGAUUUCCUUACCGUUCAGUCAAACCGUUGCCUCGGUCGCUGGGGCCGGCGUGGUGUGCCAUCUGCUCUUCAACCGCCUGGAGCCACGGCGACUCGAGGCGUUAUUCGCGCUGCUGAUAGUACCGCCUGCCAUACUCGUCUACGGGCUUCAAGUGUCGCGGCAUGCAGGUGGAGUAGAUGGAGGAGGAGGAGGGAGAGGGGGAGGUCUGUGGGGUGCAGUCGCGGCGACGUACGGCGUCUACUACGCGUCGCUGCUGGCCUCGCUGCUGACGUACCGGCUAUCUCCGUUCCAUCCCCUCGCACGUUAUCCGGGUCCGCUUCUAUGCAAGGUGUCCAAGAUAUGGCUGACGGUACUGUCGAUGGGAGGCAAGCAGCACAUCUACUACUACGAUCUGCACCAGAAGUACGGGGAUGUCAUCCGUGUCGGCCCGAACGAACUGUCGUUCCGACACGUGAGCGCCGUACAGCCGAUGAUGGGAACGCAGGAUGGCUUGCCGAAAGCGGAGUGGUGGGACGGUCGGAAACCGCAGAAACUCACGUUCCGGCCGAUAUUCAGGCUGCGGAAUCCCGAAGAACACGCUCGUCGCCGACGGUCGUGGAAUCGGGCGUUCAGCUCACCGAUGCUCAAGGAAUAUGAGACCAUGGUCGAGACUCGCGUGGCCCAGAUGGUCGAUUUGAUUUCGGCCAAGAAAGGCGGGGUGCUCGACUUGUCCAAAUGGCUUGGCUGGUUCGCUUACGAUAUCAUGAACGAUGUCAUAUUCAGCACCGGCGGGAACGCCAUGGAGACGGAGGACAAAGACCAGAUGCUGGAAUUCAUCGCAAAUUGUCAACCAACCGCAUUAUUCUUGAGCCACCUGCCCUGGGCUGCUGCAUUCUAUCGGUGGAUCCCUGGUAUUGGCGGACAUCUUCGGAAUUAUCGGACAUAUGCAGCUCGCAGGGCGAUCGAACGAAAGCAGUCCGGCUCAACCCGCAAAGACGUUUUCUACCAUCUGAUCGACGAGCCUGGUGUUGAAACUGCGCCUGUGGCGCUGCAACAGGUCAUAGUCGACGGCGCGCCCGGAAUUACUGCUGGAGCGGAGACGACCUCGACGAGCCUGAGCAACAUCUUUUGGCUGCUGCUCAAACAUCCGCAGACCUUGGCCCGGCUGCGGGAAGAAGUCGACGACCCGCAGUGGAACAUCACUGAAAUGGCUGCGCAAGCGCGCAUGCCAUACUUGAAUGCUGUGAUAAACGAAGCCUUGCGCCUGUAUCCCGCGGUCUUGAGUGGGAGUCCGCGCGCACCACUGGUCGGCAGUGGUGGACAAGCGGUGGGAUCAGACUUCCUACCGGAAGGGACUACAGCCCUCGUGCACACGUACUCGCUCCAGCGCGAUCCACGGAAUUUUUCACCCUUCUCUGAGGUGUUCAUCCCCGAACGUUGGUUGCCAACCGAAGACCAGCUCAAGCUCGAGCCUGCCCUGUUCGGCAACCAUGAAGUGAUUCACAACACUGCGGCGUUUAUUCCAUUCUCCAUCGGGCCGGCGAACUGCGUCGGCCGCAAUCUGGCGUAUCAGGAAAUGAGGAUGCUGAUCUGCGCGUUGGUCAGCAAAUUCGAUAUGGAAUUCGAGCCCGGAUUCGAUCCGAGUACCUGGGAGCGGGAUCUGUUGGACUUUUAUGUGAUUUGGAUCAACUUCACGCGACACGUCGCGUGCCUUACUGAUGAUUAG